AUGUUGGAUAAUCAUUCAAACCCCAUCCAGACUUUCAGGACUCACAAUGAGCUUCACAAGGAACUGCUACUUGCCCACAAAAGGGGUCUGGCACUGAGCCGGAGACCAGAACUUCAACAGGUGCUGGAGAGGAGGAAGAGGGCGCAGAGUGAACAGGAAGAGGAGAGACAGAGCAGGACUCCCCUGGAGGAUGUGCUGCUAAGACGUCAGCAGAAGCAACUUGAGAGGGACAAGGAGCACGAGGAAAAGGUACAAGAAGAAACCCAGUUGAUUGAGUUUGUUAGAGUCCGACAGAACCUCAGAAAGAUCCAUUCAGCGAUCCAAAACAAAAACAAUUUCUGAAAUGCUCCAGGAGAUCGACCUGCAAUGUGCAAUGCACUUUUUUCAAUGUCUUCUAUCCCUGGAAGAGUAACAGCGCAGUUUGAAAACUGUUUAAUGUGAAGUUUAAUGUGUGACAAAUAAUUUGUUAUCAUUCUUAUUAUGAUUUCUCCUGUGAUUAUACGUUUGUUAGCAUGAUAACGCAAAAAUUGCUGGACAGAUUCUAACAAAAAUAGGGUUUCUACUUUUGUGAUUUUUGAAAUUAAUGAUACAGAGCUCUUACUCAGACAAAUCAAGCAUAUUUAAGGGACUGAUGUCUAUAAGUGUGUGAAAUUUUGUGCACCAGGAUUU